CCCACAGACCUGACCAUCUGACACUUGGCCUUCGUUCAUGUGUGAAGUUCUUCACCAUGCUGUUAUUGGGGUCUCCAGAACUUUUUGGGUCAUUGAACUUUCAGAAUGACCUUAAAUGCGAGGCAUUUUUCUACUCGAGCAGAGGGAUCAAGGAUCUCUCCAUAUGCACCACCAGCCUCCUGAGCAUGCUCCAGGCCAUCACUGUCAGCCCCAGCACCUCCUGGUUGGCCAGAUUUAAACGCGUGUCUCCUCUGUAGGAAUCAUGCUGCUCUCAAGUGCUUACGUGGUGAUCCUCCUGCUCAGGGAGCAGAGAUGAUCCCAGCACCUUCACAGCACCAGACUCUCCUCUAAAGCCUCCCCAGAGAAUAGGGCCACCCAGACCAUCCUGCUGCUAGCAGAGUUGAGUUGGGAGCUCACUUGGCCUCGCACACUUCUGAAAGCUACUACCCCUACCCUGUGAGGUCCUGAUCCUAACCUGACUUCAUACUGCUCCAGCAAGCACUGGUGACGUCACAGAUGUAGUCAUUAGUAACAUGGACCUAGAUAUACUGCAAGCCUUCCAGAGGGAAAUCACCUGUGCCAUCUGCCUGAACUACCUUAUAGACCCAGUCACCAUAGGCUGUGGACACAGCUUUUGCAGGCCCUGCCUCUCUCUCUCCUGGGAAGGAGCCCCAAAUCCUGCCCACUGCCCAGAGUGCAGAGAACCAUCACAGCAGAGAAAGUUCAAAACCAAUAUUGUUCUGAAGAAUCUGGUGUCCGUUGCCAGAAAAGCCAGUCUCUGGCAAUUCCUGAGCUCUGAGGAACAAAUGUGUGGAACCCACAAGGAGAAGAAGAUGUUCUGUGAAGUGGACAGGAGCCUGCUGUGUUUGCUCUGCUCUAACUCCCAGAAGCACGGUGCUCACAGACACUGUCCCAUUGCAGGGGCAGCUGCGGACCAGCGGGCUAAACUCGAAAAGCAAAUGAGAUCUUUAUGGGACAAGAUCCAGGAAAAUCAGAGAAACCUCAGAGAGGAACAAAUAAUGAUUAACCAUUGGAUGCUAAGAAUAUGUGCUUCUAGUGAGAAAAAUGACCAGGACCGAAUAUGCAGAGCUUCACCAGUUCUCUAUAAGGAAGAAGAACAACAUUUGGAGGAACUGGAAAGGGAGGGCUGGAAUAUCCUUCAGCAACUCAAGAGAAGUGUGGCCCAAAUAAAUCAAAAGAGUGAGUCUGUGCAGCUGCACAUGCCCCAGCCUGUGUGUCCAGAGCUCAGCGUUAGAGACAUCACUGGACUGAUGGACAGAUACAGCUGCUACCAGGGUGAGUGUCAGCCUGCGGUGCUGUUUGACGAUUUGAGAGACUUCACAUUUAGAUCUCACAGUCAAGAUCAGUCUUUGAAUCCUGAGAAAUCUAACUAUUUUGCCGCAUGGGGAGACCAGGCCUUCACCUCUGGGAAGUAUUACUGGGAGCUGGAUAUGGACGACUCUCGGGACUGGGCUCUAGGGGUCUCUAGAGAUUACCCGAUACGCAGACUUGGCACAAUGCUUGUAUCUGGGGACAUGUUUCUUCUUGCAUGUGUGAGGCAGGAUAAUCAGUACACUCUCUGGACAACCUCCCCAGCGAUUCCGCAGUUUGUAGAGAAACCUGUGGGCCGGGUUGAUGUGUACCUUGAUUUGCAGGGUGGAAGUGUGAGUUUUCUGAACGUUGCCAAGAGUUCCCUCAUAUGGAAGUGUCGCGCUGGCUCCUUGGGUUUCCCUGUCAGGCCUUUCAUUAUCACUGGACACAAAUGAGCAGGGAUGAGGCAGGAACCUGACUGCAGGUCUGGGACCUCCAUGUGCUGGGGAGCCCUUCUCAGCUGAAGAAAAUCAACCCACUUUAUUGUCUUGAAGGUUUUGUAUUGUCAUGGAAUCUCAUUUUAUUGUUAUUCAAUAAAAUA